CCACUGCCCUUCCCUCAGCGAGCCAAGACUGGUGACAGCCUCUAUAUAUUUAAAGAGGACAAGAGUCCCCUUACUCAGUUGAGCCGACAGAGACCACACAGGCAGGCAGAUUGACCUUGGCCCAGAGUCUUCACCAUGCCAAACUGGGGUGGAGGUGCAAAAUGUGGCGCCUGUGAAAAGACGGUCUACCAUGCAGAAGAAAUCCAGUGCAAUGGGAGGAGUUUCCACAAGACCUGUUUCCACUGCAUGGCCUGCAGGAAGGCUCUGGACAGCACCACAGUGGCAGCUCAUGAGUCAGAGAUCUACUGUAAGGUCUGCUAUGGGCGCAAGUAUGGCCCCAAGGGGAUCGGGUUUGGACAAGGCGCUGGCUGCCUCAGCACAGACACUGGCGAGCAUCUUGGCCUGCAGUUCCAACAAUCCCCAAAGCCAGCCCGAGCCGCCACCACGAGCAACCCUUCCAAAUUCUCUGCAAAGUUUGGAGAAUCAGAGAAGUGCCCACGAUGUGGAAAGUCAGUCUAUGCUGCUGAGAAGGUCAUGGGAGGUGGCAAGCCCUGGCACAAGACCUGCUUCCGCUGUGCCAUCUGUGGGAAGAGCCUGGAGUCUACAAAUGUCACUGACAAGGAUGGGGAGCUCUAUUGUAAAGGUAAGUUUUUCUUGAAGCUUGUCUUCCUAAGGGUCUGAGGGGAGGGGAUAAUG